ACUUUCAUUUAAGGGAGCUGAAACUCUGAAACCGAAACUGAAUUUACAAAAAUGGAGAGGUUGAGAUUGAGAGCUACCGGUAGUUUCUUCAGAUACUGUUCUAAUAGAUCACUCUUUGAUCGCCGAUUGAACAUUAAUUCUGUGAAUUCAAUCCACAACUCUACUUCAGGUUAUGCGCAUGGCUUUGGCAAGAAUUGUAGAGAUUUCCAUUUCUUUAGUGAUAAUCACAAGUGGAAUGUUCAGACAUGUUUUGGCUUCGUAAGAUAUCAAGGAGAGACUUUCCGAGAUUCUACGGAAAAGGGUCUUCUUGAAAAGACAAGGAGAUUUCAGUACCGAGGUUUUGGUUCUUUGGCGGCAAAGGUUCAGAGGAAUCCUUCUUUUUCAACAUUAAAUUCUGAUGAUAUCAGCUAUUUUAAGGAAAUAUUAGGGGAGAAGGGUGUAAUUGAGGAUGAAGAGUGGCUGGCGACUGCAAACACAGACUGGAUGCACAAAUACAAAGGCUCAAGUAAGCUUCUGCUGCAACCUCGGUCCACUGAGGAGGUCUCACAGAUUCUUAAAUAUUGUAAUUCCAGAUGCUUGGCUGUUGUUCCUCAAGGUGGGAAUACUGGUCUUGUGGGCGGAAGUGUUCCAGUUUUUGAUGAAGUGAUUGUCAAUAUGAGUUUGAUGAACAACAUAAUAUCUUUUGACAAGGUGAGUGGUAUUCUGGUAUGCGAGGGAGGAUGCAUUUUGGAAAAUCUGAUUACUUUCUUGGACAACCAAGGAUUUAUUAUGCCACUGGACUUAGGUGCAAAAGGAAGCUGUCAGAUUGGUGGAAACGUUUCGACCAAUGCAGGUGGUUUGCGCCUUGUCCGCUAUGGAUCACUUCAUGGAAACGUACUUGGUCUAGAAGUUGUUUUGGCUGAUGGUAAUGUUAUUGACAUGCUUGGGACUUUACGCAAAGAUAAUACCGGGUAUGACCUAAAGCAUUUGUUCAUAGGCAGUGAAGGAUCUUUGGGAAUUGUAUCCAAGGUUUCCAUACUUACCCCUCCAAAGUUAUUUUCAGUAAAUGUAGCUUUCCUUGCAUGCAGCGAUUACUUUAGCUGCCAGAAACUUCUAAUGGAAGCAAAGAGGAAACUUGGGGAAAUUCUAUCUGCCUUUGAAUUUUUGGAUAGCAAGUCAUUGGAUUUGGUUCUAAAUCACUUAGAUGGUGUUCGGAACCCAUUACCUCCCACAUUGCACAAAUUUUAUAUUUUGAUUGAGACAACAGGCAGUGAUGAACCUUACGACAGACAGAAGCUCGAGGGCUUCCUGCUUCAUGCAAUGGAAGCUGGUUUGAUUUCUGACGGAGCUCUAGCACAAGACAUAAACCAAGCAUCAUCAUUCUGGCGUAUACGCGAGGGAAUACCAGAAGCAUUGAUGAAAGCAGGAGCUGUUUACAAAUACGAUUUAUCAUUACCUGUUGAAAAGAUGUAUGAUCUUGUUGAGGAAAUGAGAACUAGACUCAGUGAUUCAGCUAAUGUAGUUGGAUAUGGCCAUCUUGGAGAUGGUAAUUUGCAUCUUAAUAUUUCAACUGCACAGUAUGAUGAUGGGAUUUUGACACAAAUCGAACCCUUUGUCUACGAGUGGACAUCUAAGCAUCGUGGGAGCAUUAGUGCAGAGCACGGCCUUGGACUGAUGAAAGCUAAUGAGAUUUUCUACAGCAAGCCAACUGCUACUGUGAGCUUGAUGGCUUCCAUCAAGAAAAUGCUGGACCCCAAAGGGAUACUCAACCCAUAUAAAGUUCUUCCGCACUCUCUUAGUUCUUAGCCCUGAAGUAAGGUUUGUGUUAAUUUUACCAUGACUGUUUCCUAGAGAGUGAUCUCGCAUUUGUUUGCGAGAUUGAGAUGUGUGGAGCAAAAAUGCCCGCUAACCGACGCCAGCCAAAACGUGGAAUUGGGAGCUGACAAAUAAUCAUGGGAAACAUUUUCUUGAACACUGUUUUUGAUGUUCUAUAGGAAUCUCAUGUAAAUAAAAGUGAGAAAAUGCUAUAUUUUGCAAAGAGUUUAUAAAUAUUCACUCUUUAAUCUUCACGGUCGAAGUUUUGUCGGAA